GGUUGUUACACAGUCUAGGGGAGUUUUCAAAGAUACACCGAUUGUUCUGGGUCACUCUGUAGUUUUGUAUUUUGGCGAAAAACAACAAGAUCUUAGCAAUCUGCGUCAGUUAUUUUAAGGAUGAGUUCUGUUGGUGUGAAUGAUGAGAAUCAUGGGUUGUACCCUGGAGGGAAGCACAGCAGCUCAAGUAAUGACAUUUUUGCCAUUGACGAGCCAACUGGGAGACCCUCCAUCCUUCGUCAGACAGAGAACCUGCCCAACAAGACUGCUCCAAAGGGGAUGAAGGUUUGUUUUCACACUCCAAGAAGAGACCCUGUGACAAAAAGAAUUCUAUCUCCCAAUAAGUCUGUCAAGAUGACAACUCUGGAUGAGUGUAUAACAGCAAAGGAGUCAUUACAUUUGGAUAAAAUAGAUGUUUUGCCACAAGACAACUCUAAGCAGCUUGAUGAGCCCCAGCAAGAAGCAUCAUCUUAUCCUGAUGACAACAUGCCAAUUAAAAGCAAAGGUGGCUACCAGCUGGAUUUUGACAACCUCGAUGCUAUCAACCCAUUUCAGAGCUCUAAUAUGAUGGCCCUCACUCCUGCGAGGCCUGCUGCUGAAAACCCAACUACACAUCAAGCUGAGGCUCAAAGCACAAAACCAGAGCAUGUCUCAGAGGAGUCUACCAAGACGGAGCCGACACUAGAUGAGACACUUCCAUUCACCCCAUCUGUGGAAAACUCACUGGUUGACCUCUCCACCAACAUCAGCUCCGCAGACAGCAGUGGGAUCGUAGUGGUGAGGAUUCCAGAUGUGGAUUCCUGGACUGCAACACCAGAUGAAAAGCAGCCUGCUAAAAUGCCUUCAAGUGUUGACCAAGACAAAGCAUCAGGCAGUUUUGUGGAAGAUGCUCCACUGCCAGAGAGAGGUUCAUAUAACUUGGAUUUUGAUAACAUGGAGGAAAUUAAUCCUUUCCAGACUGGUGGCUCUAAGAUCCAGAAUUCUCCUAGUCUUGUUAGAAAGGUGCCGGACAAUAGCCAGUCUGCAGAGGAGCCACAGGUGAAGAAAAACAAAUGUGCAGAUGGUGUAGAUGUUCCUGAGGAGGUCCAAGAGUCACUUGUUCAGCCUGAAGUCAAGCCAGAAGCUGCAGUGGCAGUAUCCUCUGAUGCAGCUAGACCUCAACCUGCUGAAACCCAGCCAGCUGCUGCCCCAAGCAAAGAAGGCCCCAUCAAACUCGAGUUUAAUUUUGAUGACGGCAUCGAGGUUAAAAAGAAACCUCUACCCAAGAAAUUUGUCAAAAGGCCAAGUGGUGCAAAGUCUAAAGAGGGAAAGCCACCAUCUGAUGUCAACCCACCAAAAGAAACUCCACUGAAGCCUGAUGCCAGUGAUGUUGCUGAUGUACCACUUCCCAAAAACUCUUACACAUUUGACUUUGACAAGGCUGAUGACCCAAACUUUAAUCCAUUUGGCACAACAACAAGCAUAAACAACUCUCCAAAGUGCAGCAGGAAAUCCAGCCCUGUGCUGAUGAAAGCUGCCACUCCAGAGCAAGCUGACCAGCCUGAGGAGAAGCAAGCUCCAUCGCCAGCCUGUGUUGGAGAGAAUGUCCCAGUAACUGAACUCAACCCUGGAGCAGUUUCUGAACACAAAGCUGCUUCUGACCAUGAUGAGGCACGUCAGCCUGAAGGUGAUCAGCUUGUGCAGAGUCUUCCUGAGCCUUCUGAUCUGUGUCAGCCUGAGCAGAAGUCACAGUCCGGCAUGUUAGACAAUGAAGAGUUUGUGCCUGGAGCAACAUUCAUGGCCAAUGACUUUGAUGGACAGAUCGACUACCUUGAGCAGUUUGGGUCCAGCAAUUUCAAGGAAUCUGCACUGAGGAAACAAUCCUUGUAUUUAAAAUUUGACCCCCUUCUGAGAGAGAGCCCAAAAAAGUCUGCAGCCCCAGCUGCUCAGCCUCCUGUCCCCCAUCCUGCUGCAUUUGCCUCACGGCUUGAAACUCCACAGAUGAUAGAAAAGGAGGGAACAAACAGGCCACUAAAGAAUGAUUUCAAGCUACUUGAUGCUGCAGCACCAACUCGUCCAGUCCUCGAGAGCCUCAUCCCUCCUUUCCCCCAGCCAGCAAACACAGAGGAUGCAAUCAUUGAAGUGCUGAAGUACAGUCAGAAAGACAUGGAUGCAGCCAUUGCCAAAGUCCAGGCUGAAACAAAGGAAAAAGAAGAGCAAUGGAAUGCAAAGUAUAAAAAGCUGCUUGAAGAUGGUCAAGAACUGAGGAAAAUAAUUGCAGAAUUUGAGCUUGAGAUUGCAAAAAUGAUGGCUGAUCAACAUAAGGAGAAGGAGGAAGCCCAAGUGAAGCUCAGCAAGGUUCUGCUGGAGAAGGACCAAAUGUCCAGUGACCUGAACGCCCUGGAGAGAUCCUUCUCUGAGCUUUUCAAGAGGCUAGAGAAGUACAGGGAUGUUGUCGAAGGCUACAAAAAGAAUGAAGAGACAUUGAAAGCUUGUGCUCAGGAUUACCUGGCCAGGAUCAAAAAGGAGGAGCAGCGCUACCAGACCCUUAAAGCUCAUGCCGAGGAGAAAAUUGGCCAGGCAAAUGAGGAAAUUGCAGGGGUGCGGUCCAAGUACAAGGCUGAGGUAUCUGCACUUCAAGCUCAGCUGCGCCGUGAACAGCUGAAGGUGCAGUCAUUGGAGAAAAGCCUCGACCAAAAGGAAAAGGAGGCUGAAGAGCUGACCAAACUUUGUGAUGAACUUAUCACCAAGGUCCAGAGAAGCUGAGUUGACUUGUAGAUACUGUAUGGUUUAAAUACUUUUUUCUCUUUGUUCAUGUCACUUGUAUCAUUUUGUGUAGAAUGCUGUUUGUCUUUUUAAUGUUCUUAAUACUGUAA